AAUUCCCCUUUCACCCCAUCUUUUUUCUCUUACAAUCAAUCUUCUCUAUUCUACUCUACUCCCAACUCUAAAAUAUCUCCCCUCCCCUCCUUCCUUCAAACUUCAAUCUUCACCAGCAACAACGAAACCCUAAUUUCCAUCCAAUUCUUGCCUCCCCCCAACUCCAAAUAAUUUCCACACCUCGCACAUACAAACAAUCCAAACCCCUCGGAGUAACUUGGGACCUCUUUUCGCUAUUCAAUUUCAGGCACAACAGAAAUCCCUAAUUUAAUUCCAGGACCAUCACUUCACUAUCAUAUACUUUAAUGCCCCUGCUUUCUUAGUGAAAAAAGAAUAGUGCCUUCUGUAGUCUUUAUUGGGUCUGCCUAGGGACUCCGCCAGGCAGACUUUUGGCUAGGAACCAUGGGAAGUACUUUUAAUCCUCAGAUUUUGGCUGAUAAGCUGGUGAAGCUCAACAGCUCACAGCAGAGCAUUGAGACUCUAUCACAUUGGUGUAUUUUUCACAUGAACAAAGCAACACAAGUUGUUGAAACAUGGGAUAGACAAUUUCAUUGUGCUCCUCGUGAACAACGGUUGGCUUUUCUAUAUCUUGCAAACGAUAUUAUCCAAAAUAGCAGGCGAAAGGGUGCCGAGUUUGUGGCGGAGUUUUGGAAGGUUCUUCCAGAUUGUCUUCGUGAUGUAAUUGAAAAUGGUGAUGAGUUUGGACGAAAUGCUGCUCUGCGCUUGAUAAGUAUCUGGGAGGAGCGGAAAGUAUUUGGCUCGAGGGGCCAAAUUCUUAAGGAAGAGUUUGUUAAAAGGCCAUUGGACAAUGGCAGUAGAAACCCGAAGCUUGCGGGACACAAACUGAGGCCGCCUGGUGGAAAUGCAUUGGACAAAUUGGUUUCAGGUUAUCAAGCUGUCUAUGGCAGUCAACUGGAUGAAGAUGCCAUUUUUAACAAGUGUAGAAAUGCCAUCGGUUUUAUUGAGAAAGUUAAUAAAGAUACUAAUGGUGAUUAUAGAUUAGCAGCUCAUGUUAAUGGUAAUAUCAGAGAUGAGCUUAAGGGGCAGCAAGCAAUAUUAAGGGAUUGCAUUGAGCAGCUAACUGUUGUCGAAUCUUCUAGAGAAAACCUUUUGUCUAUUUUGCGGGAGGCUCUGCAGGAGCAGGAGUAUAAGCUGGAAGAGGUCCGCAAUCAACUUCAGGCAGCACAGUCGCACUCAGAACAAGCCAGCAGUAUUUGCAGGCAACUACAUGGUGGGAAUGGCGAUGGACAGAUUCUCUCUGAGCAGAGUGGAAACGGAAGUCCAGCCUCUCAGGCUCCACAGAAUCCUAUACCUGGGACAGCUGAGCAGUCGACCUCAGUGACUUACACAAGACAGGUGUCUUUUGGUGGAAAAUCAGGUGGCGUGGAGGAAGAUCCUAAAUCUGCAGCAGCUGCGGUGGCAGCAAAACUUGCUGCGUCAGCAUCUUCAGCCCAGAUGCUGACUUACGUCCUCUCUUCUCUUGCAUCAGAAGGAGUCAUAGGAAAUCCAGUUAAGGAGUCAUCUAGUGAUUAUCCUUCUGAGAAGAGGGCUAAGAUUGAGAAUGAUCACCCUACUUAUGUUCCUCUGCAAAACUCCCAAUCAGCAGUCCCACCCUUUUCACAUUCUGAACAGCUGCAACGGAAUCUGUCAACCACCUCACAGGAGCUAAAUCAAAAUGAACAACCACCACCUCCUCCUCCUCCAUCGUCUCCUCCUCCAUUGCCACCACUGCCACCACCCAUGCAGCCAUAUCAAGUGCCCCAAUAUAUGCAAACCGCCAUGCCAAUGCCGAGUGGGCCAUAUGGCUAUAACAUGAACCAACAACUGCCAGCAACCCUACAUAGUUAUGCUUCUGUUGGGCCUCCAAUCAGUGGGGCUUCUACAUUUGCUCCACCACCGAAUGGUUAUGAGAGUUACCCAACAGAAGGUGGUUUCUAUGACCAGCCGUCAACCCUGCCAAUGGCCCCUAUGGGGCAUCAGUAGAAUUAGUGAUCUGUGUUAUGUUUGAAGUGGAGUGUUGGCAAUUUCAAGCCAAGUGAAGCUUCCUUGCCAUUCUUACAAGAAGGCUUUUCAAAUAUUUGGAAUAUGCAUGCAUAUGUAGGUUUCGGGAAUUCUUGUUAGAUGUUUGUAACCUUAGAUUUCUUAACUUAAUGAACUGGUGUUGAGUCAGGAUGAUUUCUGUUUAGUUGAUGUGGCAGAUAAAAAGAGGAAGUUGAUGCAUAUUAUUGUUCUAUAUUACAUUGUAAGUUAAUAUACGAAGGGAUGGCCGUGUUUGUUUGGGCACCCGUGACUCAAUUAGAACAUUUACUUGUGGAGAACAGAUUAAUAGUGAUCUUAGGGGCUUGUCGUAUGUAUA